AUGGUAUCGUCAAAAGGCCAAGUAGACGGACCGAGCGAGCUCAUAUGGGCCGCCAUGACAACAGAUACACUCCUUCAGCAGCGCUAUCCCAUAAUCUCGCCGUACAGGCCGUUCACAACCCUCUCCUGCGGCCCCUUUUGCUGGGAAAAUCCAACUCGCAGCUUGGACAGUAUGGCAGUCGUCGGCCAUUUUGUCUCUCACGUCAGAUCAGGGUCAUGUCUGUUUAGUGAAUCGGAUUCCUCUACUCGCAGCUUGGACAGUAUGGUCGUCGGCCAUUUUGUAUGUCACUGCAAUGGCACCAGUCUGAAAUAUCCCCAGGAUACGUGCGUAUCAAAUGCAGCCAAUGGAACAGUCUACACAUGGGGCGGAGGGACGGAAGGUCAACUAGGUCAUGGGUCAAGGGUCUUAUACCUGCGUGACCCCAAUCCACUAUCUCAUGAUGCAUUGCCCAAAGUAUCACAAGUUGCAUGCGGAGAUUCAUACACUGCUGCUGUUACAGGUGAUGGGAUUCUGUACAUGUGGGGUAAGAGUAGUCACGUGAUACCGAUCCCGACGAUGGCGAAACAAACGACACCUAGGAGAGUUGCCCCAGCGGGAUAUUCAGUGGCUAAGGUGGCUUGCGGAUCUUGGCAUACUAUGGCAAGCAUUGGUAGACCAGAACGGCAACCUCUUGAAGAGGAGUCUGGAGAUGAGCAAGAUGAUGACAGUGACUCCUUGGAGGAUAUGGAGGCAGCAUCUAAGAAUGUAGACAUCCAACAACCUCAAGAAUCUAACCCUGAUGAUACCCUUCCCGCUUCCCAACAACCAAUGUUUGAGAGGAAACACAAAAAGACUAAGUCGAGAGACUACAUAAGACGCGAAGGUACCAGGUUGACGCUAGCCGAGUUCUACGCCCCGACCCCUCUCCCUAGUGUCCUACCGAUGGAGGCCGAGGGAUCAGACCAUGACAUGGAUUCCGAUUCAGAAGAACUAGAAGAAGACAAUAAGGAUCAGGCUGUUGUUAAUCCAGAGGGGACUUUAACUACAGGAGUAGUUUUCCAGAGGGAGGAUAGUGAAGUCGAAGGAGAGACUGAGAUGGUUUCAACACAAGAGUCAACAAGUUUCUUUGUUGAUAUGUCUGUUGCUCCUUCCUCUGUUCCAACCCAAGCGAUUGGAAAAGCCUUUGAGACUGCGAAGCCAGAAAGGGCAAGGCGGAAAGACGUCAAAGACGACAGACCUUUAAAGACGAGUCAACGGCAGACCCGUCGACCUGAAACACUCAUCACGCGAUCUAAAACAAUGCCGGUCGCAAAUCGCAAACCGUUGAAAAUGGCGUCGACGAGCAACACGACAGCAUUCGAUUGGAGCAAUCCUUUGCAGCAAUCCACGGACAGUGCGCAAAAGAAAGACCGUUUUGUAAUUCAUAAGCAUGUAUCCGUCCAGAUGAAUAGGAAAGUUAAUAGCGGAUCAGGGGAUAAUGUUAGGGGCAUGAAACCAAUAGCUCAAAUUGGUCUCCCUGGUUCCACAAACGUGAAACUCGCAGCAACCAGAGACAAGAACGUCAUGCCUCAACCUCCUAAAUUCAACCGCGCCAAGACGUACUACGGUCGGACGAAUCAAAGAAAGAGAGUGGAGGCGGAGCCUCAAAAAACCAAGCUUUUGUCCACGCUACCGGCAGCCGCCCCGCCACCUCAACCCCAUUUGAUACCCAAUUCUAAGGUACACCCCGGAGGGCAUGCUGUAAUCGGCAGACUACCAGGUGCGGCGGCAGACAGCUCACCAGUCCGUUCUAGGGCCAACCACGAUCUUAAGCCUAUCAUCUCAGAGGUACCAGACCGUCUUGGGUUGUCGGGGCAACCAUUGUUUUCAUCCGCAUCGUCUUGGCGAAUGCGAAGCAAAGAUGAGGAUGUUUUAUAACCGAAGGAGAACCAAAGCUGUUAAGAUUACACUACCAAUCUUUAUGGUAAUGAUCCGAUGGCCUAUGGUUUAUAGAUUUUAGAAAUCAGUCUUUUAAUAAUUAUUCUUAUCUUCAAAUUUUGAAGAUGUGUUGUUUUGGAGACACUGUGUCUUUAAUUAUCUCCUUGAUAUCUGCCUAAAACAAUAUCUUUUGUUUGCUUAUCAAGAACAUUUAUUGACAUAAAUUCAAGAUUUUCCUUUAACUUGAUGUGUAUGAUUUAAUUGAUAAACACUGAGUUUGAUUGAGUGAAAACUUUUGUAAUUGGGCAUUUCUGAUUUAAGACAGACUACGCUAAUUCUACUAAAGAUAAAACAUGAUUUUAGGUUUAAAAAAGUAAAGUUGGUUAGAGGGGGAUCUGAACCAAUGACCUCAGUAUUAAGGUGCCGGCGCUCUACGAACUGAGCUGUCUAGCCCUAUGUUCGUGGUCUCCCUAUUCUGUCAAUAUCUUUGUUCAGAGUGCCAG